AUGCAGUACGACGAUGUUUUGGGACGGGAAGCUGAGAACGAGCUCUCAUCAACUCAGCCAGACCGACCAGCCGUCCUGGCAAGCAGAAACUCUCACAGUCGUCAGGAAAAAAGAGACGAAGACAUUCGAGCCGGUCUUGUCGGUAGCAUGAAGAUCAUUGCGGGAGGCAAAGACUACAUGGAUGAACAGGAGACCGACGAGGUCUUUCUGAACCUGGCCAAAGACUAUAAGGGCUCUCAGAGCUGGACCUUUGGGCGAGCUGGAUCCGCCAAUUUUGUCGUGGCCCGAAAGGCCCGUCUCAGUAAGAUCCACUUCAUCGUGGAGCAUACAGGAGGAACCAAACAACGAGCUGGCACAGUUGUCAUUCGGGACGUGUCUCUCAAUGGAACAAGUGUCAAUGGCCGGUACUUGGGACGUGGCAACAGUGCUCUUCUGCAGAACGGAGACGUGAUUACCGUUGGAGCAAUGGAAGGCGUUGCCACCCAGGACAACCCGGAUGAAACCAAGUUCAUCUUUACCCACCAUAUGGGUACCGAAGUGCCCUACGACGAGAACUCUUUUCACGCCAAGUACGACAUGUCCAAUGAUCUCCUUGGAUCGGGUGCAUUUGCCAACGUGUACAAGUGCGUAGCCCGUGAUGGAGGUCCUGUUCGAGCCGUCAAGCAGAUCAUGAAGUCCAAGGUGAAGAACCCCGGAGCUGUGCAGCGAGAGAUUCGUGUUCUGAAGCGGAUUACCCAUCCCGGCGUCGUGCAGCUCAUUGACCACUUUGAAGACGACCAGUGUCACUACCUGGUCAUGGAGCUCAUGGAGAACGGAGACCUUAUGGACUUCAUCAGCGAGUUUGGAGCCAUUCCUGAGUUUGUCACCCGUGAGAUCGUCAAACAGGUGCUUGAAACGGUUAGAGAUUUCCACGCUAUGGGCGUUUCGCAUCGAGACAUCAAGCCUGAUAACAUUCUCGUCUUCCAGGAUGACCCCGUUAUUGUUAAGGUGUCUGAUUUCGGACUCGCCAAAGUCACCCAGGACUCCAUUCUCAACACCUUCUGUGGUACCAUGGCCUACAUUGCCCCCGAGAUUCUUUUGUCUCGAGAACGACGAAAAGCCAACAGCGCCGAUCCCGGUUGCUACUCCAACCUCGUUGACAUGUGGAGUAUUGGCUGUCUGUGUUACGUUCUGGCCACCGGAUACUUACCCUUUGAUGGCACUUCCCAUGAGGCUAUUGUCAAGGCCAUUACUGCCGGUACCUACUGCCAGAAGCCUCUAAACGACUUCAACAUAUCCCCCAUGGGUCGAGAUUUUAUCAAGUGUCUGCUCACUGUUGAUCCUGAAGAGCGUCCUUCGGCCAUUCAGAUUCUGCGCCACCCCUGGUUCUCUGAUGACUCUGUUCGACUGCGAGUUACAGAGGGGGAAGCUGGAGAUGCCUCUCCUCAGGCCACCUUGGAUUCUGACAAGUUCCAGGACAUUCGACGAGCCACCAUCAUUGGAGACGGUCCUGAUCCCAACUCCAUGCCACCUCUAAUGGAGGACAACGACAGUGAGAUCCGAAGCCGAGGUGAGCCCAUUUCUGUUGAGGGUCUUGUUCUCACGGACAAUGUUGAAACUCGCAUUGGUGGAGCUGCCUCUGAGAUGGCUCGAGAUGCCGUUAUGGAGGAGCGACGACAGCGAGAGCUUCUGAACGAAAAGGAUUCUAUGGACUCGGAUACUGAUGGAGGAGUACAGGCUCACGACCGUCCUGUUGAUUCCAACUUCAGUUGGGUUAAUCCUGAUCGAAACGGCACUGGAAGCGAGGAAAAGCAUGAGACCCCUGCCGAGAUGGAGGCUCGUAUUCGUAAGGAGCUUGAGCGCAAAAUCAGAAACGAGGUGGAAUCUCGUGUCCGAGCUGAGAACCAGUCUAUUCUUCAGGCCCAGGCUGAGCAGGCUGCUCGGAUCCGUGCUGAAGCUGAGGCCCAGCGAAUGGCCGAGGCUGAUACUGACAAUGACGAGAGCGACGUUGAAGACGGCAGCGUGGUGAAGAUUCCUUCCGCCUCGAAGACCCGACGAGCCAGACCCAACACAUGGCUCAACCUCAAGAGCCUGCCGAACACGAUUCACGAGAUCGAGUUUGACAUUACCGGAGACAACUACCGAAUUGGACGAGUGGUUUCCGACAACCAGAUUGUGAUAGACAAGGCGCCCAUCUCCAAGGAACACUGCAUCUUCGAAAAGCGAAUAAUGACUGACCCCAAGCUUGACGGCUUCUUCAGGAUCUUCCUUCACGAUUUCAGCCGAAACGGCAUUAGAGUCAACUCCGAGAAGAUCGGCAAAGGCAACACAGUGCAGCUUCAACAUGGAGACAUCAUCCAUCUCUUCCUUGAUCCCCAGGUCGAGGGUGGCUCUCUGUCCAUGCUCGUCAAUAUUGAAAGCCCUGAGUACAGCUAUCAUGAUGGUACCUCCCGCCCUGGCAAGCUCAUGCGCACCCAGGAUAUUUCUCCUCACGUGCUCGCUGAGCAGACCGAACGAGAACUCAAGCGUUUGGAGCAGGCCAGGGCCGAGCUUGCUCGUGCUGAUUUCAACUCUCGGGCUUUCAACGGAGUUGUAACUACUCCUGUUCGACAGGUCUCUCGUCAGUCGUCACGACGGGCAUCUCGAAGUGGAGUUAAGAGAGAUGGAGAAACUCUUCAGAGCGGACGACAAGUGAGCGUCCGACGAACAGAAUACUGA